AUGCGGGGAGCAGGCGGAUUACCUAAGCCUAUUCGGGCUUGGCGUCGCGGACAAGUUGACAGCUCCGAGGCGGUUUUCCUUGCUGCUCCGACCAACAACGAAUUCGCGAUGCCGCCACCGGCUACAGAGGGUCUGCAGGCGGAUAGCAAUGAUGCCUCUUCAUUCUUCAAAGUGCCUGCUCCGAUCAAACUCCUCUUCGAUCAAUUCCCCUUGACCACAUAUCCGGCAAACGACCUCCCGCAACGGGCUCCGUCUCGGCGACAUGACAACCAGCUGUUUGUUUUCAGCGACGCCGCGAGUGCGCGACGCGGUCGACCCUCCUUCAACCCUCAAUGUCUCAAGUGGCAGGCAUACCUGAAAUUCGUCGGAAUCGACUUUGAAAUCACCCCAUCCAACAAUCAUGCCUCACCCACUGGCGCCCUACCUUUCCUUCUUCCAGCACUCCCGACUGAUACAACUACAACAAUUCCCUCAAACAAGCUCCAAAAAUGGGCCAUUGAGCAAGUCCACUGCGAGGAGGAGCAGCAAUUGAACCUCCGAUUUGAAGUAUACGCCUCUCUCCUGGACCAACGGAUACGCAAUGCUUGGCUUUAUAUGCUGUAUCUCGACGAGCAGAACUUCGAAGCUGUUGCGCGGCGGCUUUACGUGAUCCCCUCCACAACAAACUCUCUUGUGCGAGGUGCCUUGGCUUUCCAGCUUCAACACGCCGCUCGCGAAGAGCUUCUGAAAACAUCACAGUACAUCGACGUAGCCAGCUUGGAAGGGGAUGCAGGGAAUGCCUUUGAAGCACUCUCUUCGCUCCUCGGCGCGGACGAACACUUCUUUGGCAGACCCAACCCCGGCUUAUUCGAUGCCAGCGUGUUUGCCUAUACCCAUCUUAUCCUGGAUGAGACGAUGGGUUGGAAGCAAAAUCGCCUUGCGCAGCUGCUCCGUAAGCAUACUAACCUUGUACAACACCGAGACAGACUAUUGGGUUUUUUCUAG